AUGAACGAACAACUAAGAUCCUUGAUUAAUUCACCCGAUUUGGGAUUGUUCCAAUGCAUAAAUUUAUUGAGAAAACAUACUGACAACAUUGGAGUCCAUCAUGUAUUGGUGAAGAGAGUAUCAUCCUACAGCUAUGACGAAUUGGAAUUCUUUAUACCACAAUUUAUACAAUUACUUGUUACAUUUGAAACAGAGUCAAUGGCUCUUGAGGAUUUUUUAUUGAAUUACUGUUCACAGUAUCCACAUUUUUGUUUGAUAGUUUUCUGGUAUCUUCAAGCAUUUUUAUUUGAAUUGAGGAACGAACCUGAAUCAUACUCAUUUCAAACAGUUAGAAAGUUCAUCAACAAAUUGCAAAACAUAUUAUUUAAUGUUGACGCAUACUUUCAGUCUAAGAAAUCAGAGUUUCGUGAAAAUUUACAGCCAUCGUUGGUAUUAUGUGGUUCUGUAGCUGGUGCAUUUAGUUUACCUUUGAUGAAUGAAUACGUAUCUCCAAUUGUUCGAUCCCAGGGCAGACAACAGAAAUCGUUUGUUUUCAAGUUGGCGAAUUUUCAAAAGUCUUUAACUAGAAACCUUACAAUGAAGAAUCAAAGGAUGUCGUCUGACAACAACUCGCCAUCGUUUUCUGAUGAUGAUGGUAAAGAUGUUCAUAAGGCACAAGAUGCUGUUCACCAGGAAAUGCAUAAGUCCAAUAGAAAGUACAUGGUACCGUUACUGCUGGAUGAUUCAGAAGCCUAUACAACUGAUGAUGAAGAAGUAAAUGCAUUCCAGGGUAUUAGUCAAUCUAAGCGACACCAGAUAAAAUAUAGUGAUGUAGAGGAUAGCAUCAAGAUCAAUACUGUCAUCAAGUCUAAAAAGAAUCGAUUGAGAAUAUCCAGCGAAACGCAAAACAUGCCAUUAAUUGAAGAUGGAAACUAUAAUCGAAGUUCCCAAUCUUUACCAGACUUAGUUAGAACUAAAUCCAGGCCUGAUGUAUUUAGUACUGAAUCAGAGGCAGCAUUGACAGCGUCUCGUAAUUCAUCUGAUUUAAUGUUUUCAAAAAGAUCUUCUUCAGCUUCAUUUCAUAAGGUAAGACCUUAUCAAGAGUUAUUGAAAAUUCUUCAAGUUAAUUAUUCUAAGAAGGAAACAAAUUUUAUUAUGUCCUUACAAAAUGUCUCCUUAAGAUUAUCACUGGUUCCAAAAGUUGCUAGAUUAUCUGCAUUGAGAGCCGAGCUAUCAAUAAUUAACGAGAAUUUACUUCCAUCUGAAAUUGAUAUUCCGCAAUUAUUACCCAUCACUAGUAAUAAAAAUAAAAAGUUUCACAAGAUUUUGAAGUUGAACAUCAAUGAAGCCUGUGUAUUAAAUUCUGCUGAAAGAGUCCCGUAUUUAUUAUUGAUUGAAUACUUAAGUGAUGAAAUUGAUUUCAACCCAUUUACAGACUACAAUCAGAAGAUAAUUAACGCAAAGUUUGAAAAGUCUGAUUCAAAGACUAACGAUCAAAUCAAUGCAAGAGAUGACGCAUCAAUUGUUUCUCAACCAAAAGAAUUUACAGAACUUGAUGGUCCAUUCAACGAGAUUUAUAGUGAAGAAACGGAUUUGGGUGAACUCCCAAUGCUUCACCUGAGGUCAUCAAGUAGGGAAUGGCCAAAACUGGGUGCAGCAAGUCCUGUUGCAAGAUCUCCACAAAUGGACUAUAAGAACUACCUGGGUGACUCACCUGUUAUUUCCAGUACCGUUGAUUCCCUGAUGCUUGCAGAUCAAAUGAGAAUCGCCUCUCUCAUGCUUCAACAAUUAGAAAAUUCAGGACAAUCAAAUACACAACAGUGUAUUGCGAUAAAGAAUAGAAUUAUAGAUUCCAUGAUCUCACUUCAAGAUCAAUUUGAAUCUAUUGAUUAUGAAACAUUAAAGGAGUUGAAAACAGAUGAACAGGAUGCUGGAAAGAGAAAAUUGGAAAACGAUUUUAAACUCGCUGAAGAUUGGAAUGCUAAGAAACAGAGAAUUAGAAAGUCUAGUGUUUUUGGUCAUUUACCAAAUUGGGAUCUUUGUUCUGUAAUUGUGAAAAAUGGGGAUGAUUUGCCACAGGAAGCAUUCGCUUGUCAAUUAAUAACCAUGAUUUCGAACAUCUGGAAAAAACAUAAUGUGAAAUACUGGACGAAGAGAAUGAAAAUUUUGAUAACCAGUGCUAAUGCUGGAUUAGUGGAGACAAUCACGAAUGCAAUGUCGAUUCACUCGAUAAAGAAGUCACUUACAGAGAUAUCUAUUGCAAAUGGAAAGAACUCCAAAGGCAGGAUUUUUACAUUAAAAGAUUACUUUGAAAAGUUGUAUGGUUCGCCAGAAUCAAGAAAUUAUAUUCGUGCACAAGAAAAUUUUGCUAGAAGUUUGGCAUCAUAUUCAAUUAUCUGCUAUGUGUUGCAAAUUAAAGAUAGACAUAAUGGAAAUAUUAUGCUAGAUCACGAGGGUCAUAUUAUUCAUAUCGAUUUUGGAUUUUUGCUUUCAAAUUCACCCGGAAGUGUUGGUUUUGAGGCGGCACCUUUUAAAUUGACGACAGAGUAUAUCGAUGUAUUGGGUGGUUUGGAAUCAGAUGCAUUCUUAAUUUUUGUUCAGGUUUGUAAAGACUGUUUUAAGGCUUUACGAAAAGAAUGGGAACAAAUAGUCAGUAUUGUCGAGCUAAUGCAGAAAGAGUCUAAUCUUCCUUGCUUUAAUAAUGGAGAUAAUACUAGUGUCUUACUUCAGCAAAGGUUACAGUUGCAGUUAUCAGAAGAGGCUAUUGAUUCAUUUGUCGAAGUCUCGUUGAUUGAAAAAAGUGUUGGUAGCAUGUACACUCGUUUGUACGAUCAAUUUCAAAUGAUCACUCAAGGUAUAUAUAGUUAA